AUGGUGGACCGCGAAAUCGAAGCAUUGGAAACGCUGCAGCACCCAAAUAUUAUCCGUCUCUUCGAGGUUAUAGAGACAAGCUCAAACUACUACUUGAUUCUCGAAUGCAUUAGCGGGGGCACUUUAGACGAUAGAUUGAAGAAUGCCGGGAAGUAUUCAGAAGCUGAUGCGGCGACGGUUUUCGCCCAGAUGGCCUCCGCCAUCGGACAUAUGCACCGGAAUCUCAUCGUACACAGGGACCUGAAAGCCGAGAACGUCCUGAUGCAAGACAAGCUGCACGUGAAAAUUUGCGAUUUCGGCUUCAGCAAGCGCCUGAGCACCCUGUUCGAAAUGCAGCACACCCACUGUGGCUCGCUCCCUUAUGCCGCACCGGAGCUAUUCGGUGACAAAAGCUACAACGGGCCGCAGGUAGACAUGUGGGCUCUGGGGGUCCUUCUGUUUUUCAUGCUCGAGGGAGAACUCCCUUUCCCGUCCCGAGUCGCAUCGGAACUCCAGCAACAGAUCAGUGAAGGCAUUUACGAGAUGCCAGAAAACAUCAGCUCCAGCUGCCAAAACUUGAUCACGGGCUUGUUGGAAACCAUCGCAUCUGAACGAUACACAAUCGAACAAGUGACAACGCACUCUUGGCUACGGCACUUGAGUCUGCCGUCUCCCCAUCCGAGGUUCGGGCUCACACCCGGGGACAUUGUCGGAGAAGACGAGCAGAAAGCGCGGGAUAUCCUACGGAAAUUGGGGGUUUCGGAUCAGAUGGUGGAGGAGACCGCGGUCCAGGGCGCGAAGCACCCGAUCACGGGUCUCUUCCGUGUAGUUCUUCAUCGUCUGCAUCUGGAAGACGCCGCAAUCGAAAAAGACCUCAUCAAUUCAGCGUAG